AAUUGUUCGGUCAUUAUUCGUUUUUGACUUUAAAAACGAGUUUUAGCCGUUCAAAAUCGUGAUUUCCUGGCGUUUUUCACCCUCUCCGCCGCCGCCGCCGUUGUGUUGCGUUUUUCACCCUCUCCGCCGCCGUUCCUCUUCCAGGAAUAUGGAUCGAAAUUGGAUUAAUUUACCACGUAUUAGUGCUGAGUACGAGAGAGGUGUAGAGGAAUUUAUACAAUUUGCGCAACGUAAUGAGGGGAGAACUAAUGAUGAAGUGAAGUUUAGAUGUCCUUGUGUGAACUGUUUGAAUGAGAGAAAGUUGAACGCAACUCAAAUUAGAGAACAUCUUAUAUGUGAUGGUUUUCUAAGAUGCUAUACAACAUGGAUCUGGCACGGCGAAGAAAUGGAUUUUCCCACUGACUCUCAAAGUGUAAAUGUUACUGAUUCCACCAUGGAAGAAGAUCGACCGGAUGAAGACAAAUUGGAGGACAUGAUCCGCGAUGUUGGAGCAGAAAAUUUUGCCAAAGCUCAUGUGUAUGAGACGAUGUCGACUGAUGCAGAAACACCUUUGUAUGUCGGUUCAACUAAGUUCACACGUUUGUCAGCGGUGUUAAGGCUCAUGAAUUUGAAGGCGAGCAAUGGAUGGACUGAUAAGAGUUUUACAGAACUGUUGACGUUGUUGAAUGAAAUGUUGCCAGAUGGAAAUACACUACCCACUCGUAAUUAUGAUGGUUGCAUGAUAGUGGAGACGAAGGAGGCGAACUUUGGUGCUCCAGUGAUAGCGGCGCCUGGUGACGCAACGAAGGCUGAUGGACAAACCCGAUUUGGGGGUUCUCUCUGCUUCGAAUGCACGCUGGAUUUGAACCAGUCAAAGAAAGGGUACAAAAUGAUGGUUCCAGUGAAAAAUCUAAUUCUAGUUCUCCUAGAGAUGUUUUAG